UAAACUAGCGGUGCAACUGAUCAGUUACUCUUCCUCGAUCGGACGUUACACUUGUCAGCCACGAUGUCGACUAACAAGAGUGUCAAACCCCAGAGGAAGCUCACCACCAAGGAACCGCAUGAAAUGACCCAUGCUGAAAAGCUCAGGCUCAUCGAUGAUGAACUCAACGCAUUUUACAAAUACUGCCAGCAGGCGGGAUUUACCGAGGAAGAGAUGGAUAUAAUCUGCCAGCCAUUGGUUGCAGCUAUGCGCCGUUCCUGGUUACAGCUCGUUUUCCAGGCGACCCUCGUUCUUGUCGCUAUCGGCACCCUUAUCUGCUUGACCGCUCAGCUCGACUUUGUUGGCAAGCAUUUUACUGCUAUUGGACGCUUGGUCAUGAUCAAGGUGCUACCCAUAUGGAACUGGCAACCCCUCUACUAUGAGAGCUGCAUGAUGAACAAUCCAUUUUACAACGAUUAUGCGGUCACUGAACAAGAUUGCGUGGCAUGCGAGGCGUUGGAAACCAUUGAUCGAUUAUCGGACGUUCGUUACCGUCAGUUAGUGGACAAUUAUCUUAACCGAGAUGCACCUGCUAUCAUUACUGAUGCCAUGAACACUUGGACAGCCAUGAAUACUGAUUUCUUCUGGUUCGACAAUAUUACUCAUCUAUACUUGGAAAACGAACGCUUGAUGGAAACAGUGCCGUGCGCUUUGACCUCCAAUCUACGCACCCACUCAUCCGAUUUAGCAGCUUUCUUACGACGGGUUCAUUCACCAGGGGUUGCCAAGUGGUUUGUGCACUGGCAGAACUGCGACAUCAACGCAGUCAAAGCGUUACGCAAGUACUAUCAACGACCGUACUUCCUGUCAAGUACCGUCUCACCAGCCCACUUCAACUGGGUCCUCAUGUCCUCGGACUACAACAGUCCCAACUAUAAGAGGGUUGAGCUCGAUUCUGGCCUCAUAGCUCUUGCUCAGCUCAAGGGUGCAACGCAACUCAGGCUUACGCCGAUCAAUCCUUGCAAUAGUUCUUGUCCCGAGCUCGUUGCCGAUCUGCAUCAAGGAGAGAUGUUGGUAUUCACUAAUACUAUGUGGAAUCUCGAGUAUGCUCCCAUGAGAGGUCUUGACAAUAUAGCUAUACUUACGGAAACCGUCUGGGAAGAAGAUACGUAAAUACGGCCAUUACGUAAUUGAAAAAUUUUUUACAUGUUUCAAUUAUAUAACGUUUGAAUUAUUCGGUAAAUUCUUAUCAUAUCAAGUGAUUAAUGCUAACCUCAGCACAAAUAUCAUACUUGUAAUAACACUCUUAUCAAAUAUAAAAUUUACUGUCG